AUGAGAACAGGCCUUCGAUGGACGGUCUCUUUGGAGGAGACUCUGACGUCACCGUCUUUCGAGAACACGUUCCGAAGAGCAAUUUUGUGCGCUUCGGAGCAAGACGUGGCCCAUCAGAGACGAUUUCGAUUCAAACAAGACGCGUUGGCAACACUGGUGGGCAGAUUGAUGGCUAGGUUGGUGCGAGCAAAGUCGAAUUGCACUGUUUGAGCCGAGUUCGCUGCAGUAGUCAUUAGAAGUUUAAUUAAAACUAUUAUUCUGCAGAAAAGCGGCGGUAACGCAAACUUCUCGCCCAUGGUCUUCAUUGGAAUUUGAGCAGAACAAAAACGGAAAGCCGUUUUUAAUACCGAACGAAAACAAGGAUGAUGAUGAUGAUAGUGACGAAGCAUCUUUCAACUAUAACGUUUCCCAUCACGGCGAUCUCGUGGUGUUGGCAAGUGGAGACACGAGAAUAGGUAUCGCUAUGAACUGAAGAAGUGCAAUCUGUAAGAAGAGGAUUCAGGCGUAGACGUGAUGCGAAUCUCGGAGGAUCGGCACUCGAGCGUCGACGAGCAAAUGAACAUGAUGAAACGUCAUUUCAGCGAGGAAGAAGUGAUGCAAGUGACAAGGAAUCGAGAUGAGAAGAGCAGAUGGACGGCGUUUUUCCGAAUUUGGUGCCUCAAAGAGUCGAUUCUGAAGGCGACAGGCGUCGGACUCCCGGACGGACUGCACAAUCACACGUUCCGGGUGACGGAGGAAGUACGGCCAGGUUGGUGCGACGGCUUGGCUCACUUUCAAACGUUUUUUCUAGAUCUGUCAACCACCUCCACACGCUACUUCCAUCACCAAAUCCACCAACCGCAAUGGCUAUUCGAAGAGGCGUUUAUUGGCCAGAAUCACUGUGUUGCCGUCGCAUCAGAAGCCUCGACGCCUUCGUCAGAAGCGCUUCCUUUCAAAUUGAUUACGCUGGAAGAAAUUUUGAAAGACGCCGAUUUUGUGAACGUCGACGCGGACGCCGAUGAAGAACUGGAUGUGUUUAUGGAAAAACCGAAUAAAACUUUUUAA